GGUUUUGUAUGUGAAGUAUUUGGAUACAUCCCUAGGGCUGGUGAGCCCAUCAAAGUUGUCCUCAAAAGGGAUAAUCAAAGAUGAUGAUGAUAAGCAUGAUAUUAGCUGCAAAUGCCCAAAAGCUUAGUGCUGUUCGUUUUGAGCAUAUAAACAAUGGGGAAGCAAUGUCAGAGGCCAAAGAUGUAACUCGAUUGAUUCCCAAAAUCAUGAAGAGGAAAGGGAACGGUGACAAAUUGGAUAACAUUACCUAUGUUGAGAAUGCAUUUCAAAAGAGACAAGAGAAUCGCCUUUCUGAUCGCUAUGUGGUUGCUGAAGAUACAUAAGAUGAUGGAAAUUAGCUACACUGCAUAUUCUGUUUUCUUUUUCUUUAGCUCCUUUUUUUCCUUUGUCAUAUUCUUUCUACACCAUGAAGAAGAAACGGAAGGAAACCAC